AUGGCUGACUCGGACAGUCAUGCUUUCGCCUCUCAGCUUGAGACACUGCUGGGCCCCGCCGCUCUGGCGGUGAACCUUGUCCAUGAGAGCCUCAAUGAACGUCGCGCGCGCUAUGAUCAGACCAGCUGGGCUGAUUUGGACGCCGAUGCGGCAACCGCGCUGGCCGAGGUGAUGGCGGACGAUGCCAAGGUCGGCGCCUACUCUCCGGAGCCCGAUCGUCACUUGGUGCCUCUGCUGCGGCUUGCCACGGCAGCAUUGCGGGUGGAGACUGUUGAGACUCGGAACCGGCUUCACUAUGCACUAGCCCGGCUUCUCAAGUUUGCUGCGCGUCGCCAACCACCAGAACAAGAUAAACCCACGCGCGUCCGUUCCUGGGACCUCCUGAUCUCGGCACUCUGCCCAUGCCUUGCUGCUUUGGUCAGCAGCCUGGAAUCCAACGCUGCAUCAGCCCUUCUGACCUGGUCUGCCUGGACCAAGUGGACCACAACCCUCACGGUGCUGAUUCCUACCCUCAUGGGCCUACCCAACGCAAACGCGGCCACCAGCCUCGUCUCCGCCGACCGCCUCUGCUGCCUGCUCCUCCGUGAGCUUCUAGCCCUGCCGACCCCAGACUCGUCCUUGGCCCAACGCCCCGCCAAGCAAGCCAAACGACUGGCUUUGCCAACUUCCUCCAACAGUGCGCCUGCCGCCUCUCACCCAGACAUUGAACGCGCCCGCGCGACCUGUUGCCGCCGCCUUCAACAACUAGCCUUGACCGCGUGGCACCAGCCAGCCAUCCUCCCACUGCCAGAGACGGCCUCGACUUUGGCCCAGCACCUGGGUCUGACACGGCUUAAGCCCCCUUUGAACGGGACUCACGUCGACACGCGCUCACCCUUGGCGCGCGUGGCCUCACUUUUGGAAGACUUUGUGGUCGAAGACGAUCGACUCGUGGCACUCACCAUGACCCUGCUCGCCCUGCCCACGUCUUUGGCGAGCCGUCACGGGCGCACCGCCAUCCCCGCCCCUUUGAUCGGCCUUCUCUUUCUCCGCGCCUUGAGCUAUGAUGGUGCGGGCAUCUACGAGCUCGCUCUGGCUGAUCCUAUCGAUUUUCUACCCUGCCUGCUCGCCGUCGUCAAGGCCCUGGGCCAGAUGACGUUGUCGCUCGCCACCCAGCCCGAGUUGCAGGCGACAGUGAACGUUGCGCGGGCGCGGCACACCAUGAUUCGAAUGUAUCAGUUGAUGCUUCGCUCGAGUGGUGGUCAAGCAGGCUUUGACCCCACCCCGCUCCUGCGCCGAACUGAAACGGCCAUCGCGGCUCUGGUUGGGUCAGAAGAAACCAUUGCGACCCAUCAGUGCGAUUGA